AAGCAAAAAGCGCGCAAGAGACGGAAGAAGAGACCUGAGCAGCAGACAACACAUCCACAGACCAUGCCAGGCAGACUGGAAGGAAAGAUUGCCAUCAUCACAGGCGCAGCAGGCGGAAUUGGCCUCGAGUCUGCCAUUCUCUUUGUGCAACAAGGCGCGUCGGUCGUCCUCAGCGAUGUCAAUGAAGCCACGCUCGCCAAGGCUGUAGCACGCCUCCUUGAGGUGGUUCCAGGUAGCGAGGACAAGGUCGCAUCGAAGAAGUGCGACGUGAGCAAGGAAGCCGACGUCGAGUCGCUUGUUGCCUUUGCAGACGACAAGUGGCCAGCAGGUAUCGACAUCAUGUUCAACAAUGCCGGCAUCAUGCAUCAAGCAGAUGACAAUGCCUUGACUACAGAGGAGCGUAUCUGGGACCUGACACACAACAUCAAUGUCAAGGGUGUCUGGUUUGGCUGCAAGUACGCCAUCAAGUCAAUGCUUGCACACAAAAAGGACCGCGGCUCUGUCAUCAACACGGCGUCUAUGGUGGCCUUCCUUGGAGCCGCGACACCGCAGCUCGCAUACACAGCCAGCAAGGGUGCAGUGCUCGCCAUGACCCGCGAGCUGGCCAUCACACACGGCAAAGACGGCAUUCGCUUCAACUCGCUUUGCCCGGGACCUCUCAACACGCCACUGCUGCAGGACUUUUUGGAUACAAAGGAAAAGACUGAGCGUCGUACCGUUCAUCUUCCGAUGGGCCGCUUUGGCGAAGCUAUUGAGCAGGCGUAUGGCGCUCUGUAUCUGGCGUCGGACGAGUCUUCGUACGUGACUGCCGCAGACUUUUUGGUCGAUGGCGGUCUGACCAAGGCGUAUGUGACGAGCCUCGGCGGUCCCUCGACCUUUGUUCCCAACAACCAGGCCUAGAUAUUGGUAGAGAGAUAGCAUCCACUCGCGCGGCUAAUUUGCGUGGGAUGAUUUGUGCGACGUCGCGAAAUUGCCAAGAUGUAGACCGACUACUCAUUGUAGUAAUCAGCGGGCAUUGAGCAGUGCUGUCAAG